AUGGCUCGCAUCUAUCGCUACACGUUCUGCACUAUAUCCGUCAAUAUUAGAGAAUCCGUUGACCACCCUCUCUGGUCUGGAUGCGGCUUUACAGAAGAUCUCUCAUCCACUGGCUGGGUUGCUGACUCCUUCAAUUCACGAAGAUGGAAAGACUCGCAGUCUAUAUUCAAGGGCUUUCUGGAAGGAGGGGAGCUUGGAGCCCGUGGAUGGUGCCUCCAGGAGCGACAGCUUUCACCACGGAUCUGCCAUUUCAUGGAAUCUGGCAUGAUGAUGUGGGAAUGCUACUGCUACAUUAGGGCUCUUGGAGGACCGAAACAAUUUGGUCCGCCUCAUAGUGAAGCAGAAUCAGAGGGGUACAAAACUCGGAUGGUGGACAUUGAUGCGCCCUUGGACUCUAAUCAUCAAAUCCGGCAGACUAUGUCUAACUGGUACCAUGCUUUGAGUGACUAGUGCCUUGUGCGGUCUAUAAACAGGUGUGGCACAUGCUAACGGCUUUGAGUCACGCUCUGCUGGGUGAUGCUUUAUCUGCUGCGCUGACUUGAAAUGCUUAACGUCCCUCCUUACGUCCCCGAAAACCUUGUGAGCCAGCAUAAGCCACUC